UCCAUGUUUACUCGAUAGCAUAUUGUGAUGAUUAUCCCUCACCACCCCUCACCCGAAUUGCUGCUUCCCCAACCUUCACCCCCCUCACCUCUCCGGACUUUGUAUGUUUAAAGUGGGAUAAUAUCUUGGUUGGCUGUGAGCCUGCUCCGUGUUCUCAGGCCUUCGGACCCCUUUCAUUUAUCUAUCCCUUUCCAUCCUCCACCCAUCUCUGGUAUUGCUCCCUUUCUAUCCUUCCCCCCGCCCUCGCCCUCUUUUUCGUCCGUAUACCCACCUUCCAUCUCGAUUCCUCAUUCAACCCACCUCCUCGCACUCCUAUACCGCCAUGUCUCCUCCCCUUGUUUAUCUGCUUCCCCUCACCGACACUGGUGCCCCUGACAUUGCCGGUGAUCAUAUCGGUCUUCCUCCCCCAUGGGAGCCUUACACCUUGAGGAUCGCUAUUGAGGGCGCGAGCUCGAUAACUCGCAAUGGGAGCUUGUGGACCAAUGUCCCUGCGAAGGGCGAAAAUUUUGGAAGAAAUAAAUUUAGAGAAUUCAAGUUUGUUUCCCGUUUAGUUUUUUGCAUGGUUCACGGAUGUCCCUUUUUCCGUACGUGGCGGCCGCGGGGGUUAUGUGUGAUUUCUUUCACCCCGACGGCUCUUCGGGACCAAUUGGCUACCGGUAUUGAAAUAGGUGAAUCAACAUUUGGGUCGUCCGCGGUGGGUGCUAAUGUUUAUCGAUGAUUGCAGACUCACACCUUCGUUUUCCCGAACUCUUCAAAUUGACGUUCCCAUCGCUGUGCCGGGCACCUUUUGCUAUUACAUCACCUAUGAUCCUCUCCCAUCCCUGAAAGAACUAUCAUCGCCAACGAAUCCAUCCGGGGCUACGAGGACCGACACUCACUGGUUUACCGUUGCUGCCCGCCUCUCCGUAAACGGCGGACCCCUAGCUCUCGAUUCCCUGUCCUGUUUCUCGGUAGUCUCAAAAUGGCUCGGCCCCGUCUCGAAAUGGGAUGGGUACAUGAAAUAUAUCGCUGAGAAGGGGUAUAAUAUGGUUCAUUUUACUCCAAUGAUGCACCGUGGCGAAUCGAAUUCGCCGUACAGUAUAUAUGAUCAGCUUGCAUUCGAUCCGGAAGCAUUCCCGAACGGUACGAAGGACGUGAUGUUGAUUGUUGAUCGGAUGGAGAAGCAGCAUGGACUGCUCAGUCUGACCGAUGUCGUCUGGAAUCACACCGCUCACAAUUCUCUUUGGCUGCAGAGCCAUCCGGAAUCUGGUUACAAUCUGGUAACCGCACCUUGGCUCGAAGCGGCGUAUGAGCUUGACACCGCCCUUUUGGACUUUGGCAAUCACCUCGAAGCGCUAGGAUCUCCUACCGAGCUUGAGACAAAGGAGGAUCUACUGAAGCUUAUGGAUGGUGUGAAAACUCACGUUAUCGGGGCACUCAAACUUUGGGAGUUCUAUGUUGUCAACGUGGAGGCCGCUGCGGGUGCUGUUAUUGAGGCAUAUAUCUCGGGAAAGGGCAAUUCGAAACCUAUCGAUACUGCUGGGUACAUGUCGGGUUUAUCCUUGCAUGAUAAGGCACAGUUUCUUAUCAAGAAUGGGCUCAAGGGGGCAGAUACGCUUGGAUCACGAUACAGCCGGACAAUCGACCCUGUGAUCGGUGCAGCUUUCCUCACUUUGGAAUGCGGCAACCCCGACCCCAAGAAACCAAAGCAGGUUGAGGAAGCGAAGCAAGCCCUUAUAAAAGUUCUUGAUGAGAUCAAUCUCCCGUUCUACAAAGAAUACGACCUUGAUUGCUCCGAAAUCCUGGAACAAAUCUACAAUCGCAUCACUUACCUCCGACUUGACUCGAACGGCCCCAAGAUGGGCAAGAUAACCAAGGAGAGCCCAAUCAUUGAAACUUACUUUACCCGACUGCCGAAGAACGAGAUAACCGCUCAGCAUGAUCCCAAGAGUCUUGCGCUGGCCAACAAUGGGUGGAUUUGGAGCAACGUUGCGGACUUUGCUGGCCCAAAAUCACGAUCUUACCUGCGAAGAGAAGUCAUCGUGUGGGGUGACUGUGUGAAGUUAAGAUUUGGUGAUAAGCCGGAAGACAAUCCGUUCUUAUGGCAGUUUAUGGUUGACUAUACUAAACUUAUGGCGCAGUGUUUCCAUGGUUUCCGUAUCGAUAACUGCCAUUCUACUCCCAUCCACGUCGGCCAAUACCUCCUCGAUAUCGCAAGAGAGGUUCGGGAAGACCUAUACGUUGUCGCCGAGCUUUUCACUGGUAGUGAAUACGAGGAUAGAAAGUUUGUUGAGCACCUGGGGCUCGGAAGUCUUGUCCGCGAAGCGAUGGUUGCGUGGGGUCCGGGAGAACUUUCGAGGCUUGUGCAUAGGCAUGGCGGAAAGCCAAUCGGAAGCUUUAGGCAGGAGCUUGUAGUCAAGGGUAGCACCGUUUCCAGUGCGCCAUCCAGCAAGCCGAAAGUCAAUGGGGCUAGUGAUAGCAGAGAGGUUAUCAAAGCUGUUACGGCAAGCCCGAUCCACGCCCUUUUUAUGGACUGCACCCACGACAAUGAAACGCCCACCCAGAAGAGAACUCCUCAGGACACGCUCCCAAAUGGUGCUUUGGUUGCAAUGUGCGACUGCGGUAUUGGAUCGGUGAUGGGCUAUGACGAGAUUUACCCAAAACUGCUCAAUCUAGUUACAGAGCCAAGAAUAUACUACCCACCGCCGGAAAAAAUCGAUGAAACAACUGCCGGUAUUGGCAAAGUCAAGAGCCUCCUCAAUCGGAUUCACACUGAGAUGGGGAAAGAUGGGUUCACGGAGAUGCAUGUCCACCACGAGGGAGAAUACGUCACGGUCCACAGAGUACAUCCCAAGAGUCACAAGGGCUAUUUCCUGAUUGCGCAUACCGCAUUUGGCCCCGGAGAUCAUAGGGGCGAUUUUAACCCAAUCACCGUUACCGGAACUAAGGUCAAGGUAAUUGGAAGCUGGACUUUAGUGGCGGACGGUAGUGACGAAGAGAAGGAGAAAGUGCUCAACGAGCCCGACUAUCUUACCGGAUUACCGGCCAAGCUUGCGGAGGCGGAGAGCCCUAAGAUUGAGGACCACGGAACCACGACCACAAUUACCGUACCGGAAAAAUUCCCGCCCGGAAGUAUCGCUCUGCUCGAAACCUGGAUCCCCGGAACCGACGGAGAGUCAUUGGCUCAGUUCGUCACCAGCGGCGCGGAGGAGGCAUUCGCCAACACGAGUUUGGUGGACUUGAACUUUGUGCUCUAUCGCUGUGAGUCGGAGGAGAAGGAUUCAAGCGAUAACCGGGAUGGAUGCUACAACAUUCCUAGGUAUGGAGCUUUGGUUUACGCAGGGCUUCAGGGGUGGUGGUCGGUGUUGAAGGAGGUUAUCCGGAACAAUGAUCUUGCACAUCCUAUUUGCCAGCAUCUCAGGGACGGCCAAUGGGCACUCGACUACAUUGUGGGCAGGUUGGAGAAACUUGAAGCUCGUGGUAACAAAGGUCUUGCAGGGCCCGCCAAGUGGUUGAAAGAGAGAUUUGAUCGGAUUAGAUCUGUUCCGGGCUUCUUGUUACCGAGAUAUUUUGCGCUGGUUGUACAAACGGCGUAUACUGCUGCUGUUGAGAGGGCUACAAGUUUUUUCACCGAAGAUAUCCAGGAGGGGACAGCAUUCUUGAAGGGAUUGUCACUCGUGUCGUUGCAGAUGACUGGGUUUGCUCUACCCUUCUCAUCGAAUUUAAUCGUUUCUGACAUUUCGGUGCAGUCUCAUGGAUUCUACCUCUCUCUGGCCCGGUAAGAAGGUUGCUUGCAUGGCCGCGGGCUUGCCACAUUUUUCACACGACUAUAUGCGCUGCUGGGGACGAGAUGUUUUCAUUUCCAUCCGUGGUCUUUACCUGGCGACUGGGAGGUAUAAAGAUGCGAAGGAGCACAUUUUGGCUUUCGGGUCGGUUCUCAAACAUGGGAUGAUCCCCAACCUCCUGGACGGCGGAAGGAAGCCCAGGUACAACGCCCGCGACAGCAUAUGGUUCUAUCUUCAGGCUGUUCAAGAUUACACCAAAAUUGUUCCCAACGGAAUUGAGCUGCUUCAGCAGAAGGUCAAGCGCCGAUUCCUCCCAUCCGACGAUACCUGGUUCAACUAUGAUGAUCCGCGGGCGUACAGCCGGGAGAGCACUAUCGCUGAGAUUGUCCAGGAGGCGCUGGAGAGACAUGCCUUGGGUUUCGAGUUCCUGGAAGCCAACGCUGGGCCGGGUUUGGACAGGCAAAUGAAAUGGGAGGGCUUUACCGUCGGCGUCAAACCGGAUUGGGCGACAGGAAUAAUCAAGGGAGGAAGCCAAUUCAAUUGCGGAACGUGGAUGGACAAGAUGGGAGAGAGCGAAAGAGCUGGCAAUAAGGGAGUUCCGGGUAUGUCAAGAUAUUGUGGAAGACCUAGAGUAGGAGCUAAUGGUGGAAAUAGGAACCCCCCGAGAUGGAGCAGCGAUUGAAAUCACGGGGCUAUUGUAUAGCACACUGAAGUGGGUAACAGAGCUGAAAAAGGAGAAGCUAUACGAAUGGGAUAGUGCGAAGACUAGUGAGGGGAAGGUCAUCACCUUUGGCAUGUGGGCGGACCUGCUCAAGAAGAACUUUGAAAAGCUCUACUAUGUCCCUGAGGACCCGGCAGAAGAUUCCAAAUAUUCCAUCAAGCCUGAACUCAUCGGCAGACGUGGGAUAUAUAAGGAUAUUUAUGGCGGGGGGAAAGAGUAUGAGGACUACCAAUUCAGGCCUAACUUUGCGAUUGCAAUGACGGUAGCACCAGACCUCUUUGUUCCCAAACAUGCGAUUAGAUGUCUUGAGAUAGCCGACGAGGUCCUCCGAGGACCAACUGGGAUGGCCACACUUGAGUAAGCCCCUAGCCACCUAAUAUUAACUUGAUAACCGACUAAAAGCAAGUAGCCCCACGGACAAAGACUAUCGCCCGUAUUACCGCAACAGUGAGGACAGCGACGAUUUUGCAACCUCAAAGGGUCGUAACUACCACCAGGGCCCCGAAUGGUUGUGGCCAACGGGCUUCUACCUUAGAGCGCUUCUCACCUUCAGCCCGCCCAACAUCGAAACACUCCAGCAGAUCAACCUUCGCAUGGACGGAUGCCGCAAGGCCAUCAACGAGAGCCCCUGGGCUGGCCUGACGGAGUUGACGAAUAAGAAUGGUGAAAUCUGUUAUGACUCUUGUCCCACACAAGCCUGGAGUUCUAGUUGCCUCAUUGACUUGUGCUACGACGCCGCUAAGAUAAAGUUGUAGUUGGGGGGAGGGGGGGACUGGCGGGUGGAUUGUUUUCGGUAUUUUCUUGUUAUCUUUCUGUCUUUCUCUUUCUGUGUUUUUACACUAGCUUAGCUUAAUCUGGAGUCAAUAAUCCCAUUUUUAUCGAGGGACGCCUCGUAGACGUGGUGCGCGAUUGAUGGUUGUUUCGUGUCGGGUGGGUAUUUUUGUCUUCUGAAGUACGGUAUCAUACCGGUAGCACCGGUAUAAUAGUAUAAUACAGUGAAUUGGCGGAAAC